GGUUUAGGUUUUGAUUUUCACUCCUCUCACGUGCCAUUACACAGUUGCCCUUUUCUUUGCUGGUUCUCGUCAAAAGCCAGCCCCUCUCCGUCUCUCUCAACUAUCUCCUUUUGGCCUCUCUCUCUCUCUCUCUCUGUCUCUUAACUCUCUCUCUUCUGUCUCAAUAUCUCGGAGCCAAAAACCCUAGAGAGCCUGUGAAAACAUAGAGUUCAACACUCUAUCACUCAAAUGACGAAGCCAUAGGAACUCAGUAAACUGUAAAAUUUGUGGGACUAAUGAUACGUGUAGCAUGAAACCCCUAGAAAUCCUGCAAAGGCAGAACCUCUGAAACCCUAGAAAACUGUUUUGAACAUGGCGUCCAAGAUUGGAAUGGCGGGUGGGCUUCCUGAGCGCAGAGUUCGGCCUAUUUGGGAUGCUGUUGAUUCGCGCCAGUAUAAGAACGCUAUGAAGCUUGUCACUACUUUGCUGGGAAAAUUCCCUAACUCGCCUUAUGCUCUGGCACUGAAGGCUCUUAUUUUGGAGAGAAUGGGAAAGCCUGAUGAGGCCUUAUCUGUUUGCCUUGAUGCAAAAGAUCACCUGUAUUCAGAUGAUAUUGGUCAAAUGGAUGACUUGACUCUCAGUACUCUACAGCUUGUUUUCCAACGACUUGACCGCUUGGACCUGGCCACUUCUUGUUAUGAAUAUGUAUGUCGAAAAUAUGGAAACAACCUCGAGCUCAUGAUGGGGCUCUUCAACUGUUAUGUGCGUGAAUAUUCAUUUGUGAAGCAACAACAGACAGCCAUCAAAAUGUAUAAGCUUGUUGGCGAAGAGAGGUUUUUGCUUUGGGCUGUUUGUAGUAUUCAAUUACAGGUCUUCUGUGGAGAUGGGGGAGAGAAGCUCCUCUCCUUAGCUGAAGCUUUACUAAAGAAGCAUAUCUCGUCUCACGACUUGCAUGAACCAGAAGCCUUUCUUGUGUAUAUUUCUGUACUGGAAGAGCAACGGAAGUAUGGUGAAGCUUUGGAAGUUCUUUCUGGAAAGUUAGGGUCUCUUAUAAGUUUUGAAGUGGAUAGGCUACGCAUGCAGGGGAAGCUCCUUGCCUUUUCAUGUGAUUAUGCUGCUGCUGCUGACACUUUCGAGAAAAUUCUAGAAUCUUGCCCUGAUGAUUGGGAAAUGUUUCUACAUUAUUUAGAUUGUUUGCUGGAGGCUGAUAGCGGUUUCUAUAAAGGGGUCAUUGUGAAUGGAGUCCAGCCCACCACAUAUGUUGAUCUUAACUUGCAGAAGGCAACUCAUCUAACAAAUGAAGUGUUUGCUUCACGCAUAUCAAGAGCAUUAGAUUUUGUAGAAAAGUUGAACAUGCAGGUUUCUAAUGAUUCGGGAAGGUGCUCCUACUUGGCUGACAUUGAAAUAGAAAAACGUCUACGCUUGUAUGGGAAAUCAAGUGAUAGAAAGUUUAUAGAGGUUAUGAUGAACUACUUCUACAGGUUUGGACAUUUGUCUUCCUUUACAUCAGAUGUCCAGGAGUUCCUAAAAAUUCUAGAGCCACAUGAAAAAGACGAAUUGGUAGAGAAACUUCGGUCAAGCUUUGAAGGACUUACUUCCCCAGAGCCCAUGAAAGCAUUAGGUCAAGCUAUCACUAUUUUUAGAAUCAACGGACAGCUUUAUACUGUUUCCAACCUUCCUCAAAGUGAACUUGAAGGCAAUGCCAUGAAAAUGACCAAGAUAUAUUGUCGGAAUCUUCCUUUGUCAAAGGAUCUUGAUCCUCAGGAAAAUAUGCAUGGUGAAGAGCUUCUCUCCCUGGCAUGCAAUGUAUUGGUUCAGCUAUUUUGGCGGACAAAGGAUCUUGGAUAUAUACUGGAAGCAAUCAUUGUUCUAGAAUUUGGUUUGACAAUCCGCAGGCAUGUUUGGCAAUACAAGAUUCUCCUUGUGCAUUUAUAUUCCUAUAUGGGGGCCUUGUCAUCUGCAUAUGAAUGCUACAAGACAUUGGAUGUAAAGAAUAUCUUAUUAGAGACUGUCUCUCACCACAUUUGGCCUUAUAUGUUGCUGUCGCCGCUUUGGUCAGAUCUAAGUGACCUGCUGAAGGAAUACCUUAAAUUUUUAGAUGACCACUUCAGAGAAGCUGCUGAUCUUGCCUUUCUUGCAUAUCGGCAUCGUAAUUACUCAAAAGUCAUCGAAUUUGUUAGAUUUAGAGAGCGGUUGCAACAAUCAUAUCAGUAUUUAUCAGCCAAGGUAGAAGAUUCCAUUCUUCAACUUAAGCAGAAGGCAGAUAAUAUUGAAGACAUCAAGAGCAUUCUUCAGAAUAUGAACUCAGGUGCUCAACUGCUUGAUCUGGUGAACGAAAAGUGCAAGAAACCUUUGACGUUCAAUGAGGAUCUGCAGUCACGUCCAUGGUGGUCACCAUUUCCAGAUGAAAAUUACCUUCUAGGCACAUCUGGCUUGCCUCGAGCAGAAAACUUGCAUCCUAGGGAGCGGGAAGCACAACAACUCAAAGUCAUUAAAAGGAGAGCCCUUCUUCCUCGUUUGGUUUAUCUCUCGUUACAAAGCCUGGCACUGUUACUUGUGGAAACUUCUGAAACUGAUGGGCAUUUAUCUGAUGCCAAGAGUUCCUUAGAACUGAGGGAUCUCCUCGAACAAUAUACAAGGCACAUGGGUUUUUCCUUUGAUGAUGCUAGGAGAUUCAUAAGCACAGUCUCAACAGGUCGCAUGUCUUUUAAGGAUAACAGAUCAGAGUUGGUUGACUGGAUAAACUUUGCUGUAUUUGACAAUGUUUUGCACUUGUGCUCCCGUAGUCUUGGAUUAUCAUCUGAUGGAGAAACCAAAGGAAAUUUGAUGGAAGCUUUGGACAAACUUCUGCAACAAUGUUUAACUGAUAGCUUACAAUGUGCACAAUCUUCUUCGGUAUGCACUGGAAGCUCCCUUACCCCACUUGUGCAGAUAGUGACUGAGCCCAUUGCUUGGCACUUGGUCAUACUCCAAUCAUGUUCCCGAGUUUUGUUCCCCUCAGUAAAGAAGAAGAAAAAGGGUGGAGCACCUGAUCCAGGGCCUUCACUGUUGUCACAGGCAGUUAGAAAUUCAACAAGGAGUUUGCGUGGUGAAAUUGAGAAGAUUGUCAAGUGGUUGGAUGUAGAGGUUCGAAGGGUAGAGGAUGAGUCUUUAAACUACUUCCGCUCACUAUUAAGGAAAUCGAGUGAUAUAAAUUCUAGUGGAAGGCCUGGGCGAGUUAUUGAGAUUCUAGAAGCUUCGGCUAGUGCAAGGAAUGGGGAAUUGGGGCCACGGAUAAGCAGGGCAAUAGAAACAUGGAGCUCUGAAGAUGCAGUGAAAAAAACUUUGAACGGCCAGAAAGUUGUUUUGUCUGAGUUUCACCAUAUAUGUUGUUCAAUGUUGAAAUCACUGCAAGCUCCGAAACAGUUAUGAUCUCUAGGUUACUGAACAUUUUGGUGGUGGGUUUUCGAUCUGUAAACUGUCGAGUUGGGUCUUUCUAUUCUUUUUACCAAGCGGAUUUUUGGUCCCUGUGGGCCUUGUAAUCUUGAAGAGAUCAACAAUUGAUUUUGUGGGUGGUGGCUUAUAUUGUUGUUGUUUUAGCUUUGUUUUGUGGGUUGCAUCUGUAACGGUUCUAUUUUCGAGAAAAGUUAAGCAAGGUUUGCCUGCUUCGAUUCAGAGUACAAACUCAGGUUGAUAUGUUGUAAUUUGCACCUUAAGGCCUAAGAAAGAGAAAUAUAUUGAUAGCGUCUCCAACUUCUGCAUAGUUUAAAGCU